UCAACAAAACAACAACAGCUGCUGAGGCUGUAACUUUUCCAAAAACAGGAGAAAAAUAUGCAAGAAUUCUAGAUUUAACAACCAUCAUUUCAUGGGAAAAUCCAACUACCAUACCAACAACAAUAACAGAAGAGUCAAGUACACUUUCUCUCAUUGAUGAACUCAGACGUCAACUAAAAUCCAUUUCUUUAUCCUUACCCUUAAAAUCAACCACAACCACAACAACAUCCACAACAACAACAACAACCACAACAACAUCAACAACAACAUCAACAACAACACCCUUAAAAACAUCGAUGUACUAUACAAAAAGAGCUGAAGUGCAAGCUGCUCCCAGUAUGUACAGACUUGAUGAUCUGGAUGUUGGUGAAUCUAAAUCUGUAGCUGAUGUACUGCAACAGCAUAGAAAAACAACAACAAUGAUGUAUGGUGACAUGUCAACAACCUUGUCACCAGUCCAUCUACUGAGAACACCACGGAAUCUUGAAGAGGAUGAUUCUGGGUUGGAGAAGGAUUCUGUAGAUUCUGGAGUAGACGAUGUUUAUGUAGAUUCUGGGUUGCAGAGGGAUUCUGUAGAUUCUGGGGUAGACGAUGUUUAUGUAGAUUCUGAGUCAGCAGAGGGUUCUAUAGAGUAUGAUUUGACAACUGAAGAUGAUAGAUGGGGUUGGAAAAUUGAAGCUGAAACAACAACUUUACUCUCCAGCCCAGAGCGAGAGCCCAGGAUUAUAAAGCAGGAUGAUAAUUCAAAUAUUCUUCAAGAAACCCAGAAUGAGAAAGCAGAGGAUACGGACUUUGAUGACAACAGGAAGUGGGUCAUGGAAACAGUGACAAAGGAGGAGAAGGCUGAAAAGAACGAGGAGGAGGAGGAGGACGAGGACUAUGAAACCACCACAAUAGAUAUAUUCAACGGUCAAUACCAUGAGGUCAAUCCGGGACAGUACACAGAGCUACACCCGGGACAGUACAAAGAAGUGAAUCCUGGUCAGUACAAUGAAAUCAAUCCAGGGCAGUACACUGAACUGCAUCCAGGACAGUAUAGGGAGGAAGACAACUAUGAAGAUGAUCUAAAGGUUGAUGAUUUAACAGUUGAUUUUUCAAAUAAGGAUGAAACAAAGAUUUACAAUGUACAGGCUAAAGCUGGCGAUUUUAUUAUUGGAGAAGUCGGGACAAUUAGUUUAAACAGCGGACAGACACUUCAGGGUGUAAGAUACACAGCAGUUGAUGGUAUCUUGAAUCAGGGACAGAUUUCAGAUAUUUUACAGAAAUUCUUCGGCACACAGACAACAUGAUAAACAGCUGUCACAGUUGGUAUGCUAUAGCCACAGCUGUAACAGACAACAUGAUAAACAGCUUUCGCAGCAGGUAUGCUAGUCAAAGCUGUCAUAGCAGUAGCAGCGAGCUGUAGACUGUCUUGGUUAAACGCUGCCACCGCAAGCUGCUUAAAGGUGUCACUGUAUACUGCUUACAGCGGUCAGUGUCAGCUUAAUGGGAUGAUCCAGCUUUGGCUACUGGCCAGUUUCAGAUGUUACACAGCUGUCAUGGCUUUUCAGAUGUUAUGCAGCUGUCAUUUUGUCAGAUGUGUAGAAGCUGUCAUGGCUUGUCAAAUUUAUGCUGCUGUUAUCAGAGUAAACUAAGCAGUUCAUCAGCUGUCUCAUAGAUAUGUACAAAAAGCUAAACCAGCACUGUGCUCUCGGUUGCUAUUAGUGCCAAAGAUCUCGCUGAAUAUCAGCACAAAUUUUGUUCUUGUCAAAAUGAUGCAAGGAAACAUAUUUCUUUCUUAAAGAUUUAGGGACCAUUACAUUUAAUAGAUCAUGUGUUUUACAUUUAGAUAGAGGAAUUCAGUCUAAUUAAAUCAAGAUAAAGGAUAUCUGUCCUUAUAUCUUGAUGUAGGAUAUCUGUCCUUAUAUCUUGAUGUAGGAUAUCUUUCUUACAUCUUGAUGUAGGAUAUCUGUCCUUAUAUCUGAGGUAGGACAUCAGUCCAAAAAUCUAAAUGUAAGACAUAAGUCCUAUAAUCUAAAUGUAGAAAAUCUGUCCUUAUGACUAGAUAUAGGAAACCAGACCUAUUACCUAGAUGUAUAAAAAACCAGUCCUAUUUUCUAAGGUCUAGAUAGAGAAAAUCAUUCUUACUAUCUAAAUGUAGGAACUCAGUCCUAUCAUCUAAAUAUAGGAAAUCAGUCCUAUUCUAGAUUUAGGAAUUCAGUCCUAUUAUCUAGAUUUAGGAAAUCAGUUCUAUUUUUUAGAUAAAAGAAAAUCAGUCCUAAGAUCAAUAAGUUGGAAAUCAAUCCUUCUCUCUGCAGAUGUGGGAAAUCAGUCUGUAGAUUGGAUUAUGUCAUCACUGUAUCUUCACUCUAGGCUGUGAU